UGGGCAGCCUGUGGGAUUCUUCUGGGGGAGCAGUGCUGUGUCCUUUCCACCAUGGUGAGUAUUGAAGUACUCGAUACUGGAGUCACCUAAGAAAGCCAAGAAGAGAGCAGAGGGCGCCAAUUCCAACGUGUUCUCCAUGUUUGAACAGAGCCAGAUCCAGGAAUUUAAGGAGGCCUUCACUAUCAUGGACCAGAAUAGGGAUGGCUUCAUAGACAAGAAUGACCUGAGGGACACCUUUGCUGCUCUUGGGCGUGUGAACGUGAAAAAUGAGGAAAUUGAUGAAAUGCUCAAGGAGGCUCCAGGUCCAAUUAACUUUACUGUGUUCCUACAGAUGUUUGGGGAGAAACUUAAGGGGGCAGACCCCGAGGAGACCAUUCUCAACGCGUUCAAAGUGUUUGACCCCGAAGGCAAGGGGGUGCUCAAGGCUGAUUACAUACGGGAGAUGCUGACCACGCAGGCGGAGAGGUUUUCCAAGGAGGAGGUCGAGCAGAUGUUUGCCGCCUUCCCCCCUGAUGUGACUGGCCACUUGGACUAUAAGAACCUGGUCCACAUCAUCACCCACGGAGAAGAGAAGGACUAAGGGAGGGGCUUCCCUUUGGGUGGGUGGAUGGGAGGCAUCUCUGCCCUCUUCUCACUUCACUCAGGAACACCGCCACCCCUGCCCCGGCCUGUUUGUUGGCUGUGUGGCUGCCUCAUUUAUCUACCUCCAUCUUCUUUACAGCCUGCGUGCCUUAGAGAUACCAUGUGGCCACACAGCCAGCAGAUGGAAAUCCAUCCAGAGGCCAUGUUCAAAUAAACAAGAGGUUGUGUAUUUG